CACGUGUUAUUAACGAUACUUCAAUUUGCUUCAGUUUCAGCAAUAGCACAGGUUUACAAUGAUGAAGGUAGUGAAGCAUACGACAAAAAAGACUACAGCAACGCCGUUUACUUUUACACUGAGGGGAUUAAAGUGAAUUGCAAGGACAAGGAUCUGAUGGCUGAACUGUACAGUAACAGAGCACAUGCACACCUUUGUCUGGGUGAGGCUGUUUGUAAUUUCCAGGGUUUAGUAGGUUGCGUACUUGUAGGACUUUCAAUUAAUUGAUAUCAGGUGAUUUGCUUAUUCAAAGCUUUCACUGUUGUUUUGAUACAAAAGGAACAUAACGUGUUGUUUGAUCGAUUGACUUGGCCUGCUGACAAGACAAGACAAUAUUUUAUUUGAAGUCUUAUACCAGCAUGGUUCAUCAACGUUUUCUAAAUAAUUCAAAAUUACAAAAUAUACUAGUUAUUCAUUACACUACGACACCCGGGGGUGGGAGGGGGGGGUGGGGAAGGGGGGCAUUCUCUAUACAUUGAAGCUCCGCCCGAAAGGGGUACCUUAGUAUACGAAAGAGAGGGGAAUUCACGAGUUAAUUAUAUGGAAGGGUAGAAAAAUCUAUCUUUUGAUUAUUUCGAACAGGCACACGAUAUUUUAGGUGUUAUUUUUCAAUAGAUGGUAUAUGACGGGGGAACCUUUUCUGUGAAAAAUGAUAUAUAAAAGCGUAAGGGGUUGGACCUCAGGGCAGAGUUUCCUCCCAUGGAACUGUGUUGAGGGCUUUCCCAGGAUGUUUUUUUUUUUUUCAUACUUGCGAAAGCUAUUUCGCAUUAACCGAUUGUAUUUGCUUUAAAUUAUGAUUGCCUUGCCGCACCUGUUGUGACUGUGUUUGGGUUUGUUUUUCCAAUAUUUUUUAAAGGAAAUUACAGUGACUCACUUAAAGAUGCAAAAGAUGCCACUGACAUACGGCCAUCGUCACUCAAAGCGAUAACAACAGGUGAUUUUUAUACCUACAAUAGUCUCUUACGUUUACCUUGAUAAUGUCAUUACGUUCAAAUAGGAGAGUUCGCAUUACCAGGACCUCUCGGAAGCACGACGCCCUUGUAUAUCGUAGUUUGACUAUGCAAAGCGUUUUGAGGCCGAAAUUUCAGGGUUCAGUAUUAGGGUCAACGUGGUAGUGGUUGUGUCCAUGUUUACGGUUGCCUGAAAAAGGGCAUAUGGCAAUAAGCGUAUAGUACAUUUAGUAAGAGUAUAGACUAUGGAUACGACGUGAUGAGCCGCAAAUUUAUUUUUGUCUGUCUCCCGCGCGUGAUUUUCCAAGAAAAUUUGCCGCUGGGAAGUGGAGGUAAUAACUGUCAAUGUUAUUGUAAAAAAAAAAAAAAAAAAAAGAAUAUUGUUGUCCGCGAGCGUUUGUUAGUUUCUUAUCAGAAACUGCCAGGGAUGGAUACACCUGAGAUGCCAGAUUUGAAGAAACUUUGCUGUAUGUUACAGUUUUACUGAAUUAUAUAUUUACAUAUUUCAGGAGCUAAUGCCUCUUUGAAGAUGAAUAUGUCUGAAAAGGUGAUCGCGUGGUGUGAAAGAGGAUUAGAAGUAUCCUUAUGUUCAUACUUUUUAACUCCAUUGUAAAAAGUUGUUUCAACGUGUUCAUUAUACGCAUCAUUCUACAUUCCCGGUUAAAAUUGUUGAAACGCUUGCGAAUUUCUUCUCCCCUCUCCCGUUUUAAGACGUUUUAUGUGCAAGCAAACCCGUGACACCAACAUUAGAGGAAGGAGAAGGAAGCAAUACGUAUAUUCGUGGGACGACUUAUUUUAUCUUGACUUUGCAUUCGGGAUCCUGAAUUUUCCGCAAAUGGACCGGCAACAUCCCCACCAAACCGGCCUAUGGUGUUUAUCAAGUGAGGAUAAAGGGGUCUCUCUGGUGUUUAUAUAUCUCAACUGGUGAGAUAAGCUAGGAUCUGCACGUCAAAGGUGGACUUUGUUGAUAGACUUCGCCCACUUUUUUCUACGUCUAAAUCAACAACCUUGACAAACAACCUUGCCCAGUUGUUCGAAUGCCGGUUAGCGCUAACCCGGGUUUCCUCUAUCGGAUAAUUUUCUCUAUUCUUUUUAGAGUAUCCAAUCACGAAAUUGUAGGCAAAGAGAAUUAAACUGAAUUUGAUUUUUAAGCUCUCAUAUUUGAGUUCAAAUUUAGCACUAACCCUGGGUUAUCUUAACCCAGCUUCGAACAACCCGGCCCAGCUUUUUAAAAAUCCACUCUACUUCUCAAAUCCUUGAAAAAAUUAUUCAAGCGCCAUGGAGUUAUCAUCGAUAUGUAUCAAACUACACUACAGGAGAUGAGACUGGCACUUUUAAAAUAUGCGCACACUCUCUUUUAUUAUUUAAUUGACGGGUGUGUUUAAAUCGUUAUUAAACGCAUUAAAGUUUUUUUGGGUUGUUUUCCUACUCAUAUACCUUGUCCGUGACUGUGCUCACAUUGUGGGGGGCUCCUCCUAAAAUGUUCUACAAUUGGUAUAGGAUUUGAUGGAGCGCAACCAAUUGUGAAAUUGCACACCGUUUUUAGGCAUCCUACAAGGACCCACAGGCUCCUGAUCCUACUGAAGAACAGUUACGACUUUUAGAUAUUUCGAGCAACAACAAUUUGCCGUCUGUCCUCUUUGAAAUGUAUUUUCCGGAAGUGUUUCAACAAAUUAUGGCCGGAUUGUAGCCUUACGAUCUAGGUUGCAAAAAGAACUGUGUUUUCUCGAAUUUUUGGUUCAUAUGUGGAACUGAAAGCAGCGAAAAAGAUAAAGGUCAAUUCUCUAGACAGAGAUGUGCAUGCUUGUUAUUGACUAACCUCUAAUUUGAGUAAAGAAAGCAUGGAGGAAGGCCAAGGUCAAGUCUAGUUUCAUUGUUAAAACCUUAAUAAUUUUUUAAGAUUGACAAGGAAAACAAAACCUUGCUGGAACUGAGGAAACAGGCGUUAACAUGGGCAGAAAAAGAAAACAAUCCUUUAGGGAAUACAGUCAUCGACCACAAGGUGACUUUCUUUAAAAAAAAACGUUUUUGUUUGAUUAUAUGCCUGAACGUUAUUCGUCUCGCUUACGUCACCGAAAUGCAUUGACCUAGAACAGACUAGGCAAAGAGAGCAACGAAGACAAUCGAUAUAUCAGUUGCUUUGGUAUUUAGGUGCCAAUGUAGCUUUGGGAAUCUAUUUCAAAAAUUCCCUUGAAACUAAGUGAUCACAAUUUGGGCCCAAAACCCUUUCAAAGUUUUAGCCCCUGACUUUAUGUUACUCCAUGCUACACCUGAAAAUUAAACUAUUUUGUCAGCAAUUUUAAGUUAAAAAAAAUUAAUAAUAAUAAUAAUAAAACAGUCGCAACUUGGGGCUUCAAGAAUUUUUAUGAAUUAACAGUUAGCUACAGCUUGCAUUAUUCUUUCUCACCAGCUUUUUCAUGUCACACACAUAUUCUCUAGAAUGAUCUCCAUACGUUUCCGUAAAGAAUUAGUUAUAAGAAUUUGAUAAAAGAUCUAAGCAUUUCCCCUCUGGUGAUUAUUCAAUUUAUCAAUUUUUAUAACCUGUUGUCUUGAUGAAGUAUUGAUAAUGUUGAGAGAAAAAAAUUUGCUUCCAUUGCAUAAUAGACAAUUUUUAAUACUGUCGCAGGAUGUUUUUAAAACGUUUUAUAGAAAUUAAUUAAGAUAUUAUUUAAAUUUUCUAGUCUUUCCAAAAAAGCAAAAGCAAACAAGGACUGGACAGCAGCGCUUUCAAAGAGGAUGGCAUGGACAGUUAUGACCUUGUAAUCAAAGAAUUGAAAAGAGGUGAUUUUAGAGCAGCCCGGGAUUAUUUUGCGUUAGAAUUCAAGCAGGCCAAAAAGAACAAAGAAAGAGAUAGGGAAUGCACAGCAUGUACGAACCUUGGCACUGCUUAUGUCUGUCUCGGAAAGUUCAAAAAAGUAAUCGAAUUCUUUCAGCGCGCUCUUGGUAUCGCAGAAGAAACUGGAAACAAAAAUUCAGAAGGAACAGCAUAUUUAAACCUUGGCAGUGCUUAUGGCAGUCUCGGGCAGUUCCGAAAAGCAAUCGAAUUCUUUGAGCGGGCUCUUGGUAUCGCAGAAGAGACUGGAAACAAAGAUUCAGAAGGAAAAGCAUAUUUAAACCUUGGCAAUGCUUAUCGCUCUCUCGGGCAGUUCCAAAAACCAAUCGAAUUCUUUGAGCGGGCUCUUGGUAUCUUUGAAGAGACUGGAAACAAAGAUGCAGAAGGAACAGCAUAUUUAAACCUUGGCAGUGCUUAUCACUUUCUCGGGCAGUUCCGAAAAGCAAUCGAAUUCCUUCAGCGGGCUCUUGGUAUCUUUGAAGAGACUGGAAGCAAAGAUUCAGAAGGAAAAGUAUAUUUAAACCUUGGCAAUGCUUAUCGCUCUCUCGGGCAGCCCCGAAAAGCAAUCGAAUUCCUUCAGCGGGCUCUUGGUAUCUUUGAAGAGACUGGAAACAAAGAUGCAGAAGGAACAGCAUAUUUAAACCUUGGC